AUGAGCAAGGCGACUUUUAGCGUCCAGCCAGUGCACCGCUUCGCCGGUUCGAGCACUACUAUCCGACGGCCCAAGGAAAUUUCAUGCUUCUCGUAUGACCAAAAUCGCAAAUUCUCCCUGGGAGACUCAUCUCUGCAGUACUACUAUCCGCCCAGCCUACCUGCGGAUCUAGAUAUUGGCUUUGAUACGUUCCAAAAGCUUGACGACACUGCUGAUGAGCAUCUGGAUGCUCUACUAGAUACCAUCGCUGCUUUUGAACGGGACACCGGCAAAAAAUGCGACACUGAUAUCGUGACGUGGCGAGGGAUGAUGACCAAAAUCCUGGCUGCUCCUUUUAAUGCGAAUGAUGGCUUUGAGAUGAAUGCAACGUGUUUCCAGGGCACCAUAUUUAUCGAGGAAAAUAAUGCAUACAAAAAUGCGCAGAAAGAACGCCAAAAGAGCCAGAGAAUGCCUCCAGGGAUGGCAUCACAAGAGCGGAUGAUGUAUUGGGGGUAUAAAUUUGAGGUUUUAUCAGUUCUGCGGCAACCAUGGGACUCCACAUCUCGAGCAGAAAUUGAAGGCCGACAGGUCGAAGUUGUCAAUAAUAGCGCACAAUAUUGUUCAGUUGUCAAGACAGGCAUCGGGAAGGUGCGCAUGGUUCUUGGGGGUGAGGUUGAUGCCGUGUGGGACUGCAAACCGGAACGAACAGAAGACCCCAUUCACUGGGUCGAGCUGAAAACAUCCGCAGAAAUCCGAAGAGACCAAGACAUGCUCAGGUAUGAACGCAAGCUCUUAAAGUUCUGGGCGCAAUCAUUUCUACUCGGCGUGCCAAAGAUCAUCGUUGGCUUCCGCGAUCAAGACGGCAUUGUCAAUCGCCUUGAAGAGCUAGACACUGCUAGCAUUCCUGCAAAGGUUAAGAAAGUGGGCAAGGGUUCUUGGGACGGAAAUGUCUGCAUCAAUUUUGCAGCUGCGUUUUUAGAAUGGCUAAAAGAGACUAUUCAGUCCGACGGAAUCUGGCGGAUACGGAAGCAGGAGAAGUCCCCCGUCAUCGAAGUAUUCCAGAUUGAAGAGUCCGGCUAUGGCGAUAUUCUCUCGCCUGCAUUCACGGCCUGGCGCUCGGCGUCCUGA